AUGGCGAAUUCAUCUAACGACAUGGAUUACCAUUGGCUUACCAGAACGGGUCUCUUGAUUGAUGAUGAUAUAGAUUACUUGAACUUGGACGAUAUAUGGUCACCGGCGGUGCCCUAUCAGAAUCUGACGGAAUGCCCUGAUUACAACGAGGCAGCGACGCACGAACAGUCGGGGAUGGAAUCGGUCGUCGAACAGAACGGGAUGGAGUCGAGCAGUUUGCUGGAAAUGCUUCUGAAGCGUGACAAGCCUGUGGAGAACGCCAUGCCUGUGGAGAACGCCAUGCCUCAGCAACAACAGAUCGAGACAACGGAGAACGAGAAACCACCGGUGGUGCUGCAGCCCAUCAUAAAAAACGGGCAAGUGUUCUAUCACACGCCUCCUUACACUCCAGGCACGUCCAGCAAAAGCAUAUCACCUAUUGAUGGCCAGGAUCAACAGGCAAUUGAGCAGAAACAGACGGUUCUCGGUAUUACUCAGCCUGAACCGCGAAAUGAUUAUUUACAAGGAUACGUUGAUCAACAGUUGUACCCGAUGCAACAGCAACACGUGGUCGGGAACAGCAGUUACAUGCUGUCAACUCCAGCCAUGAUCGCGUCCACGACUUUCGUCCAACCAAGUUGUAGUUACAUGAAUGGUGAUAGUGAUAAAAAGGGAGGGAACCAAGUUCCUCAAGAUGACAAAUUCGUGAACGAGCUGCAACAACUGUUGCAACAAGAGCAACCGCUGCAACAACAGCAGUUACAAGAACCGUUGCAACAGAAUCAGUUGCAACAGCAGCAGUUUCUACAGCAGCAGUUUCUACAGCAGCAGUUGCAAGAGAAACAGUUACAGCAUCAACAAUUGCAACUACAACUACAACAACAACAAUUGCAGCAGCAGCAGCAGCAGCAGCAGCAGCAAGAGCAACAAUCGCAACAGGUACAAUUACACCUGCAGCAGUCACAGCUGCAACAGACCCAGUUACAGCAACAGCAGUUACAGCAAAUUUAUUUGCAACAACAGAAUCAGUUACAGCAGAGUCAGUUACAGCAAACACAGUCGCAACCACAGGCACCGCAAUUACAACAACAGCAGCCGCAGCAGGUGGAUUAUUCCUGGUUGAAACCAUCAACAUCUAAAGGCGAGUCGAGCAACACGGGACAAAAACGUACACGUCAGACGUACACUCGUCACCAAACCCUUGAACUCGAAAAAGAAUUUCAUUUCAAUAGAUAUUUAACACGAAAUCGUCGCCUCGAAAUAGCAAAGGCACUCUCUUUGAGCGAGCGUCAAGUGAAAAUAUGGUUUCAAAAUCGGAGGAUGAAGGCUAAAAAAUUGAACGAUAACGAGGAUGAGAAAGCAAAAGCUAAAAAGAAAAACGCAUCUACGUUUACCAAUCCAGUUGCAACAACUACAAAUCCAGUUACAUCCAUGAUGUAUCAAACCGCUACUACCAUGGCUUCAUAUAUGCAGAGCCAAUCGAUUCAAGGAGGUUACGUCCAAUAUCAACAACCGCUGCAGCAGCAACAUCAACAGCAGCAGCAAUAUCAACAGCAGCAAGAGAGAAAGAGAGAGAGAGAGAGGGUCUCCUCCGUCUGCGAAGAACAGCGCGGCGGAGACUAUCAAACUCUCAUAAAACUGUCAGCCGCGGCCGGCCGGCCUGACUUAUGCGCGCCCCUUCUCCCAUCCGGAAGUGGAUCGACGACAGAAGUUUCGUGUUUGUACAACGAGCACAAGUGUGAACACAAGGAGAAUAGAGCCUACUCUAAGUUCAGUUCAGUUGUGUGA